CUGAACCCGCCCCGGUUGCUAAGAAGGCGGUUGCUAGGCCCAUUUCCCGGUGACGUGUACUGAGGCCCAGCCUCGAUCCUCCUUCCAGCUGGUUCAGUAGCACAUUAGAGCCGCGACAUGGCGACGGGUAGCAGCAGUCCUUGUUCUAUUGCUUUCUUACUCGGCUUGUACAGUCUCUUUUUUUCUGUUUUCAUUUGCUGGACGCAGGCCGCUCAUCUAUAUUCCAGCGAGGAUCCUGUUACCAUUCUGCACAGCGGCACAGUGAAGCAGACCCUGCAAAAUUCGUCCAGUGCCUGGCUUGUCCAGUUCUACUCGUCGUGGUGCGGUCACUGCAUCCAGUACUCGCCGACAUGGAAAGCAUUGGCAGGGGACGUUAAAGAUUGGGAGCCAGCUAUUCAAAUAGGCGUGCUGGACUGUGCAGAUGAGAAGAACUUUGAUGUCUGUAAAGAGUUUGGCGUCCACUUCUAUCCUACCUUCAGGUACUUCAAGGCACGUAACAACAAGUUUGAUCUUGGGAAACCUUAUAGAGGGGCAAACAGGGAGCUGCCUACAGUCCGGCAGGUGAUGGUAAACUUUCUUCAAAACCACAGCCAGGAAGAAUGGCCCCCAGCCUGCCCUCCUUUGGAAUCCUCUAGGUCUAGUGAUGUCCUCGCCCUGCUUGGCAAGAAAAAACAGCAGUACACAGCAGUUAUCAUUGAGGAUGAGAAUUCGUUUGUGGGACGAGAGGUGAUUCUGGACCUGAUGCAGUACGACGGCCUGACUGUGAUGAGAGCUCUGGGUUCGGAUGCAUCCCUCCUGGAGAAGCUGGGAAUCCUCUCACUUCCUGCUGGAUACCUCUUUCAUCCCAACGGCAAGCAUGAACUCAUGAAAGUCCACAAGACGCUGCGGUUCUUCUUCUCAUCCUUCCUCAAGCUUCUGCCGGGAGUCAGGAGGAGGAAGCCCCAGUCUCCCAGGAGCUCAGACCUUGCUGUCCAGGAGGGUGACGCAGCUGCCACAGUCUGGAAGGAGUUUGACAAAUCCAAAGUGUACAUGGCAGACCUGGAGUCAGGAUUGCAUUUCCUGCUGCGGAUAGAGCUGGCCAGCCACCAGACACUGGAAGGGAAAGAGCUGGAGACAUUCAAGGAUUUUGUUACGGUCAUCGCCAAGCUGUUUCCCGGACAGCAGCCUGUGGUGAAGCUGCUGGAGACUCUUCUGGAGUGGCUGGUCAGCCUCCCUUUAGACCGCAUUCCCUACAAUGCCAUCCUGGACCUGGUGAACAACAAGAUGAGGAUCUCUGGCAUGUACCUGACCAAUAAGCUUGAGUGGGUAGGCUGCCAGGGUAGCCAGCCGGCUCUGCGAAGGUACCCCUGCUCCCUGUGGACGCUGUUCCACACCCUCACUGUCCAGGCAGCAGAAAGACCAGACGCCCUGGCCAACACAGGUUUGGAGGAGAACGCGCAGGCUGUGCUGCAGACCAUGAGGCGCUACAUUGGCUCUUUCUUUGGAUGCCAGGAGUGUGGGCGGCACUUUGAGGAGAUGGCAAAAGAGUCAAUGGACCAGGUGACGACACACAAUGAGGCUGUUCUGUGGCUGUGGAGGAAACACAAUACAGUCAACAACAGGCUUGCAGGAGCUCUCAGUGAGGACCCACAGUUCCCCAAGACUCAGUGGCCGACCCCCGAUCUGUGUCCUGCCUGCCAUGAGGAGGUUGAGGGGCUGCAUGCCUGGAACGAGAAAGAGGUGCUGGCCUUCCUCAAGCGGCAUUAUGGGGCCUCCAACAUCUCCCCUAAAUACACUGCAGGACCUGAGGAAGGUACAGCAGGGGGCCAGGAAGACAAAGAACCCUCGGAGCAGAAGCCUGGGUGGGAAGACCCCAAGUACGGGUCCCACCCCCCCAAAUCCCCCUACCUGGAGAAGCUCCAGGGCAAGGAGAGGCAGGAGGAGGGCAUCAGUUUGCACAAGGAGGCAAAGCCAGGGAUGUCCUUUCUGGGCCUGGGUUUCUCCAACAUAGACUUGAGCCUCUGUGUGCUGAUGUACGUCUCCUCCGGUCUCUUCCUCAUGAUCAUGUUCUUCUUCUUCCGCAUGCGCUCCAAAAGGUGGAAAGUGAGACACAACCGUUUCAGCAUAUAGCAGAUGAGGGUUGAGGAAGACACUAGCCACACACAACAUCCUUGUAUACCAUACCAUGAACCUGGUUGACUGAAGGAAACUUGUUCUGAUUUUACAUGUAUUUUACCGUCCAGAAAGGUUUCAUCACCUAUAAUAUGGAAUAAAACAGCAGCUGCUGAAGGUGAUCUCUUGAUUUUGUAAAGUGUUUGAGAGAUGUAACCGCCACCACCACCACACUUUCUCACAUACUUUUCAGUGAGAAGAAUAUCCCUGAGGUUAGAUUCCUAAAAAUGCUUUUAUAGAUCACCAAGCCAUGAUAUGUUCUGGAAUAUGCAGUUUUGGCCAGUAAAGGUUUUUGUAAUGUCUGACGAAGUUGAUAUGGUGCCUAAUCUAGGUUUCUCAUUUCACAAUAAACAAACAAAAAUCAGCAUAAAUGCACUAAAUGGAAGCUUUUCAAUCCAUAGAACUAAUUCAGCGCCAUAUUCAAUAUCCUUUGCAUCUGUUACUGUCCUAAACUCCCUGGCUACAGGGCUGUGAUGUCAUGCUCUCCAUUCUUGAGAGGAAGCCGGUUUCACGAUGACAUCACAGGCUAAAAUAGGAGGUGGAGUUUCUGGAAAGUCCAGGGGGAAACACAACUAACAAGUAAACAAGAAACUUCUUGCAGUAGUCAAAGCAGCCAAAUAUCUCUAGAAUUCAUGUUACAAAAAAUAAAUGGAAUGCCAUCAUGCCAUGUUUUGAUCAUUGGAGAACCUGGAAGCCAACAUCCUAAAAUACUAAAGGGAAUUAUUGAAUCUAACCAUAAUAUUUCAGUAUAUACUUACAUGCCUGUUGGAGGUUUAAAUGUAUUUGAGAGGUGAAAUAUUUUCUUAUCUAAAGAAAUGUGUUUUCUAACUUGGGAAGGUAGUGUAUAUGUAAAUGUUUUAUUUUUAUUUUAUUUUUAUUGUUACAUGCGUGCCAUGCAUGCGUGAGAUUCUAAUUAAGUAUUUUUUAACUGUGAAGUCAUGCGGUAAAUUCUGACUCGAAGGUUGCCAGACUUUUAUUAUAGGUUGCUGCCUAGCUGCCUCCAAUUGUGUAUCACGCAUCUGACUUCUGUGUGUUUUGUACAGAAGUAUCACUUGAUUAGAGGAUAAAAAGGUGGUUAUGGGACACUAGUGAGGUACAUUUUUUGGUUUUGCCUAACAUUUUGGAAAGUUUAUUUUGCUUUACAGAAGGUGUGAGUUCAAUUCUGAGUCUGUUUUGAGCUAGUCUUCAAGAUCCUGCUGUGUUUCUAGUAUAAUUGAUGACCUCACUGUUGGGAAUAGUGUUUUAUUAAAUCAGGGAGUCUGGAUGACAUGGAGAGAGCAGUCCAUGUAGUCUUUCAAAACAUGACAUUGAAACAUCUUUCAUUCUAAAUGCUGACAUAGCUUCUUUCUGGAUACAUGCUUCAGUGUACUGCCAGUUGUCUGAUCUUUGAGCUGUAGAAUUUGAAGGAGCAUUUAAUUUGUUGCAGCUGUUAAAAAGGCUAUCGUAGUAGUGAUUUUUGAGAUAUAGAAGAGUAAAUAUUCCUGGGCAGUGUCUUUUAUUGCAUAUAAAAACUGCAGUAGUGAAAUCUUCUAUACAUUUGAGGGUAUUUCAAUGUUAAUAAAACAGUAUUAAGAAAGACUAUGUACAGUAACAUCUCUGUUGGAUAGAUGAGAGAGAGAGAGAGCGCCUGUCUACAGGGUUUCAACUAACUGGACUUUGUGUGACAGAUUUACAAAACCAUCCGAUAUAAACCUGUAGGUUUGAGUAGGGGAUUGGUGGGACAUUCUGGUUAUUUCUGUCCUUAAAAACCUACCUGGAAUGCUGUACAAAUAAACACACAAUGUGAUACUACUGUGCCACUGAAGAAGCAGUUCCAUUUUACCUUUACUGUAACAUGCGAAGAGGCUAGGGCAGCAUUUAUUUAUUUAUUUUUAGAUACUUUUUCAAUACAAAGAGGGAAUGUCCAAACUUGAAAUCCGGUUUGUAAUGGAUGUAAAAAGCUUGUGGUGGUCCAGGCUUGAGACCUUCAUGUCUUGCUGCUGUCACAGUGGCUAUGACUGUGAGUCGUGGUAUUCAGAGCUUAUAUCCAGCAGCCAGGAAUCUCCAGCUUAGUUAUUUGCCUACUGUGCCUCCCAGCUGUAAAAGAGGGCAUCGAGAUCAGUAAUGUUAUCGUGAACGUUUUCUGAAGGUGUUUGUCAUUGUUUUCUGCACCUACAGAAAUAAAUAGCUGUUGCCUUACACUGAAAGGGAAGGGUAGUGGUCACACUGGUCUAAUGUGCAAGUAGCUGUGGAAUCAAUUUAAAGUUGUUAUUUAUUUUGUAAAGUUAUAAUAUUUACAGUACAUUAAAAUACCUACCAUUACAGUUUGACACAAACCUAGCGUUGAGUGUUUUUAUCGCCUCUCUUUUGAUGGGGGAAGAUAACCUGUUUUGUACAAAAUUGAUGUAUGAUACUGUUAUGAUUUGUUUUCAGAAUUAAAACUACAUGCAUUA